AUGUCCGGCAUUGACAAUGAACCUCCUCAGAAAAAAGAAGCAGCAAGCAUCAAAAGGGCUCAUGUGACUGAAGAUAAGCCAAAUUCUCAGACUGGUGGUGGAGAAACGGCUGAGCAAAAGGAUGAAUUAGACACUUUCGAAAUCCAUGAAUUAGACAUACCUGAUCGAGAGAGCGAGGAAAUAGACUUCGAGCAUUGUAGAAUUCGGGCAAUCAGCCACUUGGAAAUCUUACCCAACGUAAUUAUGUUGAUGGUUUCUAAUGUGCUUCAGGUUAAGUAUUUGUGUUUGCGGAACAAUCUGAUAAAGAAACUGGAAAACUUUGAACCAAUCGCCGCGACGUUAAAUGACCUGGAUCUUUAUGACAAUCAGAUCACAAAGGUAACUCGGUUGUUUUAG